AUGACCAGUGCUCGGUGCCGCUCAGUCUUGGGCCCAAGAGUGGGUGCCCUGGUGAGCCCAGGUCUCACCCUCCUCCUGUCCCUCACUGCCCAUUGCUCCCAUCCCCAGGCUGAGGGCUUCUCCGAGGGAGGGCUGGAGGCCAGUGGGGCCGAUCCAUGGGCCAGAGCCAAUGCCGUCCUCCUGCAAGACUUUUGGUGCCAGCCAGCCAGCCAACUGCCCCGAGAGCAGCUCUCAGCUCUGAUCAGGAGCCUGGCCUCACAGCAGAUCCCACUCAAAGCCUGGCAGCUCAGCUGCCUGGCCAAUCUUGCUGCGUGGCUUGACCUCCAGGGCGACUUCCAGCUCCACCCACCUGAUCUUCUGCUCUUCUACAACCUGAGCCAGGUGAGGGAAGCUGACUGCCGGGCCUUCACCCACCGUGCUGCACAGGGGGACACAGAGCUGCUAGCCAACCUGCCUGACCAGAGGGUUGCCCUGCGGCACACAGCCUUGGCCUGCCUGGGAAAGCCCCACCUACAGCUCAGUGCCUCAGACCUGAGGAUCCUCGGGGUCCUGGUAUGUGACAUGGACGCAUCCAGUAUCGUGACCGCAGACCCCCAUGUGCUGCAGAACCUGCUGCGUUGUCCUCGGCUAACCGCCGCCCAGAGGACUGCUCUCAACACCCUGCUGGCCAGUGGAAGGACACAGCUUGGGCCUCCUAGCUCCUGGAACCUCGAGGGGCUGCAGGCCCUGGGACCCCUGGCCACCUACAUCAGCCCCCACCUGUGGAAGGAGAUACAGGAGGACGUGCGCCUGGACUUCUUCCGUAGCAUGGUGAUUGCCUGCCGGGAGGGGCGGCUCAGCCGGUGUGAUGCCAGCCGCUUUGUCACCAGCUUCCUGGAGUCCAGGGCCAACUUAGUGUGCUCAAGGCCCAAGCGGAACACAGGGAGAUCCUGUGUUCGUGGCAACAUCACCGCAGCCACGCUGCAGGACAACCUCUUCCUGGUGCGCUAUGACUGCACUCAGCUGGAGUCCUGCCUGGGAAGUCACGUGCUCAGAGCCAACCUGGACCCACUGCUGCAGCACCCACUGCCUGCCGAGUGCCAGCGCAUCGUCAAGGCCAAGCUCACUCAGAUCUACCCAAGGGGUAUCCCUGAGGACCAGCUGCAGCUCAUCACUUCGCUGGUCUACCUCUACUCCCGUGCUGAGAUAGACCAGUGGAACAUUACAUCCCAGGACACAGUCAUGGCUCUGCUGGCCUCAGACGUGGCUUUGGAUAACCAGACGGAGGCAGUCCUGCAGCAAUUCUUGGACCACAAUGGUACAGUCACUGGUGCCCUGUUAGUGGCCAUGGGGGGCUCCCGCCUCUGCUGGAUGAGUCCCCGGCAGAUCCAGACCAUUCGGCCCUCGGAGUUCCGGCUGGCCGGGGCUUUGGACAUCUCCUCCUGCCCUCAGAGUCGGAAGAACAUACUGUUUGCCAAAGCUCGUGAGGCCUUUGGUGGCACCAAGACCACAGAUGCCUACUACCGCUUCAUGCGCCCCUACCUUGGUGGUGCGUCUGUGGAGGAGCUGCAACACCUGGCCCAGGCAAAUGUCUCCAUGGACAUUGACACAUUCACCAACCUCAACCCCAGCGUGCUGCAGAGCCUGAGUGUCAGCAACGUGACAACAUUACUGGGCCAGAACGUGGGGGACCUGCAGAAGGCCCGCAGCCACCCCACCAUCAAUUCCUGGCUGCGCGGCCUCAACAGGUCCGCCUUGGGCGAGCUGGGCCUGGACAGCAACCUCAGCGUCCCUACCCCUGCCCACCUGACCAGCGAGCCCUCCCGUACUACCCACCCAGUGCCCCACCCAGCCCACACCUCAGGCCUGCAAGAAAACAGUGCUGUGGCUCCUGCCUCAGGUAGCCCUCCAGUCCACCGGGGAUACCUGCCGCUCACUGUGGUCCUGCCCUCCAGCCUCCUGUAUCUGCUGCUGUGUUGGGCACCUCUGAGCCCAACAGGGACUGCUCUCAGGGCAUCAGGGCCCCGGCCACUUGGGACAGCCCUGCCCCAGGGUAGCCAGGCCCACAGGCAUCACAUGCAGAAAAAAUGGAGCUCCUUGGUGGAGCUGGACGCCUGCCCAGCCUGA